AAGGUUUGACUUUACAAUUUUACUCUACUUUACGACUUUUACCAUUGCUACGACAUCGCAUCAUAUCAUUCAUUGUGCGGAUUAAUUGUCGACGUUCAAAAUGGGUUCUGCUGAGUUGAAAAAGAGAAAUCGUAGUCAUGCGAAAAGUGCGAAGGGUGUGAAGAGUGCGAAAAAUGAGGUGCCUGUGGUAGAGAAGGAGGAGGAGAUUAGUCGUGACAGUGAAGAGGAGGAGGAGCAGGGCGAAGAAGAGGAGAAGGAAGAGGAAGAGGAAGAGGUCGAGGAGGAGGACGAAGAGGAGAAGAAGGAUGACGAACAUAAACAUUUGUCUUUACCUACCGUUAACGAUGCCUCGGUCGAGAAAUUCUCAGAACUCAACCUUUCCGACAAAACCAUGAAAGCCCUGACCGAAGACAUGAAAUUUGAUACCAUGACCGAAAUUCAACGAAGAGGUAUUCCACCAUUGUUGGCAGGAAGAGAUGUUCUUGGUGCUGCAAAAACUGGUUCUGGCAAAACAUUAUCAUUCUUGAUACCUGCCGUUGAGAUGUUACAUUCUUUACGAUUUAAACCAAGAAAUGGUACUGGUGUUAUUGUCGUUUCCCCUACAAGAGAGUUGGCAUUACAAAUUUUCGGAGUCGCUAGAGAACUCAUGGCUCAUCAUUCACAAACUUAUGGUAUCGUUAUGGGUGGCGCAAAUCGAAGAGCAGAGGCGGAAAAGUUAGUUAAAGGAGUCAAUUUAUUGAUCGCUACACCAGGACGACUUCUCGAUCAUUUACAAAAUACACAAGGAUUUAUCUUCAAGAACUUAAAGGCAUUAGUUAUUGAUGAGGCAGAUCGAAUUUUGGAAGCUGGUUUCGAAGAUGAGAUGAAGCAAAUUGUCAAGGUUUUACCAAAGGAUGAUCGUCAAACUAUGCUCUUUUCCGCAACACAAACUACUAAAGUCGAAGAUCUCGCAAGAAUUUCCCUUCGACCAGGACCUCUUUACAUUAAUGUUGAUAAUAAGAAGGAACAUAGUACAGUUGAAGGUCUUGAACAAGGUUACGUCGUCUGCGAUUCCGAUAAAAGAUUCUUAUUACUUUUCUCUUUCCUCAAGCGCAACCUUAAGAAAAAAAUCAUUGUCUUUUUCUCAAGUUGUGCUUGUGUAAAAUAUCAUGCGGAACUUCUCAAUUAUAUCGAUUUACCAGUUCUUGACUUGCAUGGCAAACAAAAGCAACAAAAACGUACAAAUACAUUUUUUGAAUUUUGUAAUGCUAAACAAGGUACACUUAUUUGUACAGAUGUUGCAGCUAGAGGUCUUGAUGUAAGUUUUCUUCGUUUUCUUUCACAGUUGACAAAACUAAUCUUGCCUUAAUAGAUCCCUGAUGUAGAUUGGGUAAUUCAAUUCGAUCCUCCUGAUGACCCAACAGAUUAUAUUCAUCGCGUUGGUCGAACUGCUCGUGGUAAUGAUGGAAAGGGUCGCUCCCUUCUUUUCCUUCAACCAUCGGAGGUUGGUUUCCUCACUCAUCUUAAGACUGCUCGUAUUCCAGUGGUAGAAUUCGAAUUCCCUGCAGCAAAAAUCGUCAACAUUCAAAGUCAACUUUCGAAAUUAAUCGCACAAAACUACUACUUGAAUAAGAGUGCAAAGGAAGGAUACAAGAGUUACUUGCAAGCAUACGCGAGUCAUUCUCUAAGAAGCGUCUUUGAUGUAGGAAAGUUAGACUUAAUCAAAGUAGCCAAGAGUUUUGGAUUUGAUGCUCCUCCAAGGGUAGAUAUAAACAUCUCAGCUGGAAUGAAGGAUACCGCACCAAAGAAGAGACCAUACGGAAGUCAACCUAGACAAGGAGGUACUUAUAAGAAAAGAAAGUUGUAGGGAUGAUGUUUGAAGCGAGUGUGGUUGUUUGUAUUAUUCAUUGUAGGCAAGGUGUUAAUUGGGUGGGAAAAUUCGUUGUUUUUAAAAAAUUUGGGUUUCUGGAAGGGAAAGGGGGUUUUAUAUCAUAUAAUUCUGAGAA